CCAUUACAAUGCGUAGCGUCAUGCAUGUCAUGUGCGAUAGCGAUUCUCUGUGAACCAAAGUCAACCUGAAAGGCCUGUUCGUCUCACCCCACCCGCUCGCUGUUGGUAAACCUUGACAUGAGCUUUGGAACGAUGACCAUGGCUGCCUUCGAAGGUGUACCGCUGAGCCAGCUCUUCCCUGAGGAGAAGCUGGGAUGGAAUGGAUAUGUCGAGUGGGAGGACAAGCCCGACCGUAAAGAGAUCGCAAGGCGCAUCCUUGCCACCAAGGAGUUCACGCCCAGCCCAGAGUUCCAGCUCGAGCCGCUCCCGAAGACGAACCCCGUCCUGAUUGGAUACCGUUGGAAGGAGUACCACGAGGCUCUGGGCCUCCAACGGAUCGUCGACUUCAGCUGGGAGACAGUCCAGAAGGAGAAGCCGGACAUGAUCCACCUGCUUGACUUCCCGUACAAUGGCGAGACGCCCCGCAAGCCGCUCAUGGAGGGCAAGAUCACAGACAACAAGUAUCACUUUGUCAGAAACCACGGCGGGAUCCCGGAUAUCGACGAGGAUGCAUUUGAGCUCGAGAUCGGCGGGCUCGUGAAUACCCCCGUGAAGCUGACCAUGAAGGAUCUCAAGGAUGCAUCGCGCUUCCCACAGAAAGAAGUGACGGUCACCCUGCAAUGCAGCGGUACCCGCCGCAUCGAGCAAAUUCAGGAGUACCCUGGAGAGGGCGACGAGCUGAUCCAAGCCCCAUGGGGCGAAGGCGCGAUGUAUGCUCUUCACACCUCACAUCCCGAGCACAUCGCUGACAUGCAUACCGGUGUGCAGUGGAACAGCCGUCUACCGGGCGUAACGCUCAAGAAAGUGCUCAAGGUCGCAUGCGGCGGACUAAAGUCCGAAGCAAGGCAUCUGGAGUUCCUGGGUGCAGAUACGUACUUCAAGAAGGGCAACGUCUUCAACUACGCCGUCUCCGUGUCCUCUCGCAAAGUGCGCAACCAGGGCGGCGAGGAGGUCCUUCUCGCAUGGGAGAUGAACGGCAAGCCCCUCCCCAAGAUCCACGGUUUCCCGCUGCGCGUGGUCGUGACGGGCGUCAUCGGCGCGCGCAGCACGAAGUGGCUCUACAAGAUCAACGCGAUCGAGGAGCCGAGCCUGGGCCCUGUGCAGAGCCAGGAGUACCUGUACUACAACAUACAGAUUGGCAAGCAUAACUCCAAGUACUCGAAUGGGUUCAGUAUUCAGAACAUGCCCGUCUCGAGCGCGAUCAUAUUCCCGCAGGACAAGGAAGUGAUCAUACAUGAUGGCCACGUCGAGUUGUCGGGGUGGGCCUAUAGCGGAGGUGGCAACUGGCCUGAGCGAGUCGAAGUCUCGCCUGAUGGCGGACACGUAUGGUACGCAGUCGACCCUGCUGACAUGACUGAAAAGCACUACCACGCCUGGCGCCUCUGGAAAAUCUCCGUACCCGUCAAUGCGGAAGGCUGGAUCGAGUUCUGUGCCCGCACCUGGGACUCGUCAUGCAACACUGAGCCAACCUUCGUCCGUUCCGCCUGGAACUGGGACCUGCACGUCACGUCGUCGUGUCACCGCAUCAAGCUUUACAGCAUCAACCGGACCAAGCCUGAGACAAAGGCGAGGCUCGAGCAGUACGCCGCGCGCGGCGAGAGUAUGACGCCCAUCACGAAAACAACCAAGUACGGCUUGGAGAAUAUGGACGAGUACCUCGCGAAGAUGCGCACAUUCCCAGGGAGCCGAGGUCCGAGAACUGAAUGUCUGGGUUCGAGUUUGGGGGGAGACGCAGCGUAGGCAGUCGGCGCUCAACGUUACAUAGUAAUGAGGCACUAUACAGUAGUAUGUAGGACACCCGAUCCAUUCCGAUUCGCGUCUAGAGCAUAUCUGUAUAUUACCACGGAUGUGUAUGUAACGACUAGCUGGCAUACAUGACGUUCA